AUGUCAGGCUUAGGCCCGGACUUUUCAAAGAGCUUUGCAACGGAAACAUGGGUGCUCUAUGGUGUAGGGAUAUUGGGAACUGUUCUGCGAUUUGUCGCACGUAUACGUCGACUGGGUAUCCGCAACCUUCAAGUCGACGACUAUCUCAUGCUCUUCGCCGUCUUAUGGUACACGCUAUUAUGUGUUGCCCUGAAUCAAGUUGCCUCGGGAGGGGGUUCGAAUUUGAUGACCGAUGAAGAUAUAGCGAAUUUGACGCCAGCUACCUAUGCUGAGCGGGUGAAGGGAAGCAAAUGGGUUUUUGUGUCGGAACACUCGUUUGUUCUGGCCAUCUGGGCGAUGAAGGCUUGCAUGCUGGUGAUUUAUUUCCGUAUCACCGACGGCCUGAACGCACGUAAAUGGGUCACCUACCUUUCAGUCUACGUCGCCCUAGGCUUCGUGGCGGUUGAACUGUCAUUGUUUCUCAUCUGCAGGCCUCUGUCCAACUACUGGGCUGUACCCACGCCUGACUACCAAUGCUCGUCGUACCAGUACUAUGAGAUCAUCCAGGGCGCCGUCUCCAUUUCCGCCGAUAUCUUCAUGCUUGCUGUCGCCAUUCCGCUCCUGGUGCAAGUUCGCGUUCCUCUCAAGCAGAAAGUAAUCCUUCUCGUCCUUUUCGGCAUGGGAAUUUUUGUCAUUGUUGCGGCCAUCCUGAACAAAAUCUACUGCCUGGUUCCCUCAUUGAUCUCCUACGUCUACAUGAACUGGUAUUUCCGCGAAGCAACCGUCGCCGUUCUCGUCACCAAUCUUCCUCUUGUUUGGUCUCUGCUGCGCGAUGUGUUUCCCGCUCUCAAGAGCUGGACAGGCGGAUCCAAGAGAGGCACAGACCGGUAUCGGUCAGGACCUUGGACCAGCAAGGGAUCCGGGCUUCGGGCUUACGGACCCGCCAGUCAGUUACGGUCUGGGGAUUACAACAUGCAAGACUACUCAAACACAAGCACGGCUAUGCAUCAGAAAGCGGUUUCCGAUGUCAGCGUCAACCAAAGCGACGAGCGGGACCUGAGCGAUGAUGGGUCAGAUCGUGCUCUCAGAAUCCGACAAGACGUGACGGUGACGGUUGAGCGCGAGACCCGCCCACCAGAAUAUUGGGACACCCACCAUGCGCAGAUCACCAAUGGUCGUCCCCAACCCCAGCCCUGA